CAAGAGGCGGGGUGCUGCGGGUGUGAUCAACCGCGAGGAUGUUGAGGAUGCAUGGCGACAGACGAGCACAGCAGCAGUCGACACGAGGACAAGACCCGGUUCGGGGCCCUCAGGGAGGCGUCGUCACCACCCACAGAUGUUGCCCAAGGAUUCCCCUUGCGGAUGCCUAUCAAGGCCAUCUUCGACGGCUUACCCUCGUCGCUGGUUACCCCACAAGGUCGCUUCGACAAGGCAAUUCGGCUUGACAUGGUGCGGGAGACAAAAGGGGUGGGCGGCUUGACGUGGAUGAGGGCUGUGCGUCAGACAGCUGAGUACCUGGCGUCCGAGGUGCAUCUGGUGGGUCACCGCUGUGGGCAGCUCAAGGUGGGUGUGAUGGGAUAGGUGUUCUACAGAGGGGCUCUUUCUGCCAUGUCGAUGUGCGUAGAGCUGCUCGCCCCUCUCUCGCCUGUGGACUGACUGAGUCUGAGUAGAUUGAUGGACACGAUCUGUUGUGAUGCGGAACGUGUGUUUCUGUGCUUGUGAGACUGGUGUGUUUGUGUGCUCAUGCGCUACCUAUCAGUCGUCAUUUUGUGAUGGACCGACGAGUGGUCGAUUUGGAUUUCAAGAAGCCGUGUGAUGUCUUUCUGUGUGCGCGCAGCUGAGACGGUGUGUGGGC